GAAGCACUGAAUCCAGAUCUGAAAUGAAAGCAGGAUGUUACACCUGGUACUUUGAGAGGCACUCCAGCCUGCAGGCAUUUGCACGUUGGAACGGUUGCGGCCUCUGCUGGUCAUUUGCGGUGAAAACACAGCAACCGUCGUCAAGGAAGCGGCGUCCCGGGUCUUUUUGAUGAUGGCUGCACCGCAAGCAAACACACAGAGAUGUGAUGUCGGACUUGCAGCAGGAAAGAGAAGCUUUGGUUGAGGAGCAGAAGGUCAGCAGAGAACGGGCUCGCAGAUGUGUGCAGGAGACCAACCGGCGCCGCAGGGAUCUGAGGGAGAAACAAAGGCAAUGGGUUCUGCAGGAGCAAAAACGACGUGAAGAAGUUCUGCAGCAGCGCCGGCAGAAAUUCCAGGCGGUAACGGAAAACUUCCAGAGGGCUUACGUGCCUCCCUCACUGCGACAAGCUCAAUGUUUAGCAAGAAAUGGGACACGUUUGGAAGAUGCACUCCAGCAAGUCCGAGGUUCUGGGCUGCCUUGCAACAUCAGCAGUCAAACGAGCAGCGCCCCCACUUCCAAGCCUCCCGUCAUGUCAGCAUCCCCCCCUCGGCAGAGCCCCGCAGCCCAGCGGGAGCAGAGCAUCUGUGUCCAAAGGUGGCAGGAGCCUCAGGAGAAGCCUCAGGAGCCGCAGGAGAAGCAACAAGAGCACAGCGGACAGGACGACAAUGUCUCCUGUUGCUCCAAGUCCAGCCUGUCUAGUCGGGACAGUUUGGAGAACGAGGAGCCCACUGAGAGCGCCAUAGUCUGCUACACAGAAAUGCCCCCCCCGGACCUCAAAUGUCCAAAUGACGCGUGUCUGCCGUUGAUCUUCAAGCCCGUGAUGACGCCCGUCAGCAAGUUUCCCGGAGACGUCAACUACAACGUGCCGAUCCACAAAGAAACACGUGCCUCCAUAAAUAACCUCAAUAAGUUUUCAACAGACAUGGCGGGUGUGUGGAAGCACAUCAACACGGCGCUCGCAGGAAGUCCAAAGUGGCACCAGAGCCCCCAGAAUGGUGGCGAGGAAACAAGCGGGUCAAAGGUGACGUCUCUCAGACUCACCAAAGGCAUCCUUAAAGGUUUGUCCGGGGAAACGCCGACCGAUUCACCAUGCUCCCACGCCAGCUGCGGCAAAGCGGUUGAAUUGUUGGUGCGUGACAGCAUCGAGGUGGCCAAAGCGAGGGCAAAGAGCACCGAGUGCAAGAGCGCCGCUAAGAAGCUGCGCUGGCUGGACGAGGAAGACCCCAGACCCCGACCCACAGACGCUCACGUGCAGGCGUGGGCAGAUGUCGGGGUUCAAGUCAGCCUGGCAACGCCACAAGGCAGCACCUGCAUGGGGGGCCCCCACAUCCCCAGGCGGGAUCACUCUGCUGGGGUUGGGGCAGGUCUCGUUUCCUCGCUGACCGUCAAGGAGUUUGUCGCACAACCUCGAUCCGCCACCGUGACUCCAGUGGUGAGGACCAUGGGGGAGACGUACAAGCAUGAGGGCCCCAUGAGGGGUCUGUACAGCGGGGACCAGGCUCGUGUCAACCAUCGGUCCCCUGAGGAGGUUCUGCGCAAGGAGCGUCACGUCACUGGCGACGGCGGAGUGACGACCACACGUUUGCCACCUUCAUGUUGGAGGGCCACGCCUGUUUUUUGUCAGCAGGGCGGCGGCAGAGGCCAGGGGGCAGUGUACAGAGAAAAAGCUUUGGACUGCACCCCCACAGACGAGAUCUAUCAGCUCUGUCAAGACGUCCGCAGCGCCUUCAUCAGCAGUGCCGCUGCCACCCGAUGCCAGGCGGGGACAAGUGGGCGGGGCGUGAACAAAUCCUGUGUGGAUCAGAUUCGACAAACUCCUGCUUCAAACAACAAAAAAACUCCCGAAUCCUUCAAGGCUGCUAAUCCCGGAGGACCGCACACCAAAGAAUGGCACAUGGAUGUUCCAAACAAAGGUGUCAGAACCACAACUCAGCGCUGCCCGGCCGACACAUACACCUACGCCGCAUCAGAAGACCGUGGUACCUUGGCAGCCACGGGAACAAGCAAAACACAGAGGAUGCAGCAGCAGCAGCGUCGGCUGCCACCACCGACGUCCAUUUCCAUGGAGGAGCAGAGCAUCUGUCAGUCUUUGGACCGACUCAACUACCAGCUGCACCGCAAAGAUGGACUUCACUGAAGAUGCAAGCGAUCCACACAACCCGCAUCCUUAAAAGAUGCCUCCUAGCACAUAACACGCAGGCUUACGCUACCGUCAAAGCACACAUGCCUAAUGCAGGAACGGCAGAAGGACCAAAAAGCAUCUCCACUAGACUCAAGCAGUAAACUUUGACAGUUUGGUCGACACUUCAAGCAAUCAAGAACAUCUUGAAGCGGAUGAGAUGCCAGCUACCUCUCUCCUACAAUACCUCAUCAAGCAAUGCUGCGUUCCAGAAAAGUCAAGUCAGGAAUGUCUAAAGGCUUUGCUAUGCUAAAGCAUCAACACUGGCUGGCUCCGCCCCCUCCAAAUGCUACAGUGGAGCCUGACAUGCACCUCCUAAAAAUUCUAACCCCAUUUUCUCUCCCGCAAAAGCACCUUUUUAAAAUCCACCAAAACAAAAGAAACAAUGAAGGACACUGAGGAGCGAUCUUAUCUUUGAUAAGAAACUGGUGAUACACUCCUGACCGAAAUGUUAAGAGCAG